AUGUCUGAAGUGAACGAAACAUGCAAACCCCAGGCAUGUGCUAUUCAGAAUUGUUUACAGAAAAAUGGGUAUAAUGAAUCCAAGUGCACUAAGUAUAUUGAUGAUUUAUAUAAAUGCUGCAAAGAAUUCUAUGAGUGUGAAGGUCCCGAAGCAACAAGUGUAUGUUGUCCCAAAUUUAAAUUGCUCCAGUUGAAAUUGAAACAGAGGUCAUUAGGUGAAAUUGAUGCAAAGGUUUUAGAGACAAAACGAGGAUAA